AUGGACCCCGAGCGCCGCAGAGUCGUCGAGAAGUCGCUCAAGCGCAAGCUCGACACGCGCUGCAGCCUGUUCGUGCUCAUCUACAUCAUGAACUACCUAGACCGCAACAACAUGGCCGCCGCCCGGCUGAAGGGUCUGCAGGCCGACCUGCAGCUAGACAACACGCAGUAUGCCACGUGUCUCAGCAUUCUCUACGUCGGCUACAUCCUGAUGCAGGUGCCGUCCAACAUCUUCAUCAACCGCAUCGCCCGGCCGUCGCUGUACAUCUCCAUCGUCAUGACCUUGUGGGGCCUGAUCUCGACACUGACGGGCAUCGUUAACGACUUCAAGAGCAUGGUGGUCACGCGCUUCUUCCUGGGCUUCGUCGAGGCGGCCUUCCUCCCGGGUGCCCUGCUGAUCCUGUCAAAGUGGUACACCCGCAAGGAGCUAACCACGCGCAACGCCAUCCUCUUCUGCGGAAACCUCAUCUCCAAUGCCUUUUCGGCCUUGAUCGGCGCUGGCGUCCUGUCCAACAUGCAGGGCGUCCUCGGCCACCCCGCCUGGCGCUGGCUGUUCUGGAUCGAGGGCGCCAUCACCAUGGCCGUCGCCCUCUCUGCAGUCUUCAUCCUCCCCGACCUGCCCACCAACACGCGCGGCUUCACCGAGGAGGAGCUGAUGGUGGCUCAGAUCCGCAUGACGGAGGAUGUCGGCGAGGCGGAUACCGAUUCUGCCGAGCAGGGCGUCUUUGGCGGCCUCAUGAUGGUUGUCAAGGAUGUCAAGGUCUACGUCAUGAUGCUUACCUUUACGGCCUAUGUCGUUGGACUGUCCUUCAAUGCCUUCUUCCCUACGUUGACAGCGACGCUCAACUUUGACUAUGUCCCUACGCUGCUCAUGAGCGCCCCACCUUGGGUAUUUGCCUGCUUAUUCUCGCUCGCGAACGCAUGGCACUCUGAUCGCCACGAGGAGAAGUUCUGGCACAUUGUUGGGCCGAUCUGCGUCGGUCUUGUCGGCUUUGUGAUUAGCAUGGCGACAUCUAAUGUCGCCGCCCGAUACGUGGCGCUCUUCCUGCAGGCCAGCUCCUAUGCUGGAUUCAUCGUCUUUUACUCGUGGAUCAGCUCCUCGUUUCCCCGCCCGCCCGCAAAGCGUGCUGUUGCGCUCGCGAUGAUUAACGCGUUUAGUCAACUCGGCAACAUCGCGGGAUCGUAUGUCUGGGACCUGAAGGAAGACGGGUUCCGCAAGAGCUACGGAAUUGUGACGGCCAUGUUCGGCGUCACUAUUUUUGGCUGCUGGAUCAUCCGGAUGAUGCUUGUGAGCCUAAACAAGAAGCUCGACAAUGGCGAAGGCGUGGCCUGGACCACGCACCAGGACGUCGGCGCCCAGACAGCACGCGCCGAAGGUCGGUCAAGCAAUGAGGCCAUGAGGCUCAAGACUCAGUUUAGGUAUCUGAUCUGA